GGGGACUUCGUUUUUUAAACUAAACACAAAUAUUUGGUCUUCCAAUCAUUCAUUCAGGUUACAUCUUAUAUAAAGAUGAAACACUGGCCCUGAAAGCUAGUGCAUUUUCAGGAUACUCAUGGCGUUUACUGUGAAGGGUAUUUAUCAGUGUAUGAAAUGUUGAGGCUAUCCUUUUCAUCCUCUCCUCAGUUUCCAUCCUUUAUUUUUGCUGCUUACAAACAAAUUGCGGCUGCCCGGUACACCUUUUCGCCUUUCUGCGGUUCGAACCCGCGACCUGAGGAAGCCGAAAGUCCAGAAAACAACAGCAGCACAGGUUCGGAAGUGGUGGAAUCGAUAUGCAAUCUGUUGAAGCAAGAAAAAUUACCAACCUUUGAACUUACCGGAGAAUCUGCCGUGAAGCGUCUGACACUAACCCUAACACCUGAACAUGUACUUAAUGUGAUUUCGGGCUUAAAUGAUGCCGAAUUAGGGCUUAAAUUCUUCAGAUAUACGAAAGCAGCCCUAAAGUUUAAGCACAUCGCCGCCACAUAUGACCACCUCAUUUCAAGCCUGCUCCGCGCAGGGCUUAACGAAUCUGCGAGGGAGCUGCUGGAAGACCUGAAGGAUGACGGCUACGACAUCUCCUGCAAGACUUUAAUGGAAGUGGUCACAAGCCUCGCGACCACCGGUAAGAUCGACCAAGCCCUGGAUCUUUUUGAAAAAGCCCCGGAUUUUAAGUGCAGUCUCUCUUUGGUCUGUUACAAUGAGGUUUUGAAUUUUCUGAUUGAGAAAGGAUCUGUUGACAAGGCCCUAGGAUUUUUCAAAUGUCAACUCUGCAAAAAUGUGAGCCCAGAUUCUUAUUCGUUUAAUAUGCUGGUGAAGGCGUUCUGUAGUGUUGGGGAAGUGAAGGAGUGUUUUAAGGUUCUAGACAUGAUGAAGAGUCACAGUUGCAGACCUAAUGAUGUGACAGUGAAUACUUUUAUAACUGGGCUCUGUAGGGUUAAUAGGGUUGAUGAAGGGUAUAGACUUUUGAGGCAGUUGCAUACUUUUAAACAUUAUAGGCCUAAUGUAUAUUCAUAUACUGCUGUUAUUCGAGGGUUUUGUAAACAGGGGGUGCUGGGUAAGGCUCAAAAAGUUUUCAAUGAGAUGAUCGAAUGCAGAGUCAGACCGAAUUUGGUGACUUACAACGUUCUUAUUGAUGGUUUCUGCAAAGAGGGUAAUAUUGAUGAGGCCUAUUCGAUGUUCCGGAAAAUGAAGAAUGGGGAUGUUGUUACUUAUACCAGUAUGAUUGAUGGUUACUGUAAGGCUGGAAAAACAAAUGACGCUAUUAUGCUUUUGCAUGAGUUGAGUGAGCGGGGCAUGGCUGCUAAUGCGUAUACUUAUUCGGUAAUGAUCAAUGGUCUUUGUAAGGAGAAUAGGUUAAGCGAGGCUCAUGAUCUAUUGAAACAGAUGAAAGAAAGGAGAAUUUUUGGUGGGAGUUUUAUAUAUAAUAUGGUUAUUGAUGGUUAUUGCAAAGUAGGAAAUGUUGAGCAAGCAAAUAAAAUUUUUGAAGAAAUGAAAGGUAGAGAUAGAGGGUGUGCCCCUGAUAAACGUACUUAUACUAUUCUGAUAUAUGGGCAUUGCAUGAAGGGACGGAUGGCUGAAGCUGUCAGUCUUUUUCAUGAAAUGUUUCGAGUGAGCUGUGUCCCUGACGAGGUCACUGUACAGGCCUUGGUAACUUCUCUUGUAAAAGCUUCCAUGCUUGAUGAGGCAAGGUCUGUAAUUUUUACUUUGUUAGCUAAGGGCAUCACCCCAGGGUUAUCCUCGUGUAGUUCAAUUAUUAAUUAUCUUUUCAGGCAAUGGAAGAUAGAAGACACAGAACAAUGGACAAAACUUAAAGAGUUUUUGGAUAAAAAAAGCUGAAAUUACCCAACAAAAUUAAUUGUCAGUGUUACAGAGGGGCAUAUUAUUUGGUCGGUGGCCACAAUUAUUUUGAGUCAGCUCCGGGCAUUUUGUAGAAGACUUGGAGACAUUUAGUUGUCUCUAUUUCUGAAGGCCGUAAAUUUGGACCUUGCAGUCCGUUUGGUAUACAGAAAUGGGCGAUGGCUCAAGGAAGAGGGCGAGUACGUAAGAGCAAUGGCUUUUUUCUGGCUAUUGUCUGGUUCGAUCUCCAAUCUGACCCUUACAGAUGGACAAUUGGUUCAUUAGGUCAAAGAAUUUUUUGGAAAACCAAGAGUAGAAAGGUUGGGGGGAGCGGCGGAAGGUACUAUUCAUCUAUUCAAUCAUUUGACUCAAUGCUUUACCCUUCUUCAAGAUUCUCAGUAAGCGGGGCUACACUUAAUCUUUUGUUUUGGUGUUUAGUUUUACACAAGUUCUAAGUGAAUGUGUGAUUGAUUAUUAUUAUUUUUCCAAAUAAUAAAUAUUGGCAAAAUCUGGGCUUUACUAAGCUAACUAAUUGCAGAAAUUGUGAUUGUUGUUAAAUUAACAUUAAAUAGUUAAUGAUAUCAGAUUUCCAUAAUCCAUGAUUUAAUUGCUAUUGUUUCUGGAUUAGACUCUCUGAUUUUUUUGUAAGCAUUUUAGAUUACCUCUCCUCUCCUCUAACCCUCUUUUUAAGCUAGUCCCAGUCUGCAACUAGUCAUUUUAUGUCUCUCUUAGCUCUCUUUAUCCUGAUGAUGGAUCAUCGGAGUGUGAUCCGAAACAUUUUGAAAAAAUCACAUGCAAUCUAAUCCAGAAACGAUAGCAAUAAAAUAGUUGUCACUUCUGGUUUAUUUUUAAUUUAAGAACUGAAUGGUUAGCAUUUAGUUUUUACACUAUAAAAAUCAUACAGCUAUUACAAGUUUCUGUUUUCAGAAAUAUUAAAAGAUAUACCCAUUACAAGUUUCCGCUUUUGGAAAUAUUAAAACAUACCAAAUAGUGGCUUCAUAAUAGACCUUUGUUCAAGAUUCCCAAUAAGCUGGGGUUGCACUUAUGAUAACCUUCAUGUUGGUUAAUAGAUUUCCACAAAUUGUAAUUUUGAAUGUGAAUAAUUUUUUUUCUUUUUGUUAUGUAUGCUGGUUAUAAUGGGCCUUAAUAAACCAGCAAUGACACGAGAGGUGGCUGAUGCCAAUUUGGCAUUAAAUAUUGUAAGAUUUAAUUGUGGAUUGAUAUUUAUUUAAGAUUUUUUUUGGCUAUAUAAGGUUGUUAUUUUAUUAAUGUUUAAAAGUACGAUCACAAGUAACUUGGAGCCACGCCCCAGAUAGAUUUUGAGUAGAUAAUUCCCUCUGAACAGUAUGUAACACUGCACUUUCUUUCAACAAAGCACAGACCAACGUUUGGCCUGCAGCAGUAUCCUUGCCCCAUACUUUGCAGUGUCUUUGAAAUUUUUUUGGUCUGCCAUUUCCACAGGUAGAAAGAUUCUUGGUGCUCUAUCUUCGCUGCAAAAUUCAAUCUUUUACAUUGAUCAACGCUGAUUUCAACAGUACCAGCCCUUUCCUAUGCACUAUUGCUGUAAAUAGAAGCUCUCAGGCUUCCCCUGCAUUGAAUGGAAGAUCAUUCUUCUAGCUAACUCCAAAAUUUUUUUGUUGAGCUGAAUUCACUGCUCCUUAGCUGAGGUGUUGGGGUCUGCCAAACUACCAAUAUCCGCAUCAAGUUGAAUCACCCUAUCCUCCAAAGAAAGAUUUCUCCAUUGGCUGCUAUAUUUGCUAAAUAAUCUGCCUGCCUGUUAGGCUCCCUGAAAACAUGAUUAAUAAUAAUAUGAUUAAAAUUAUUGUAGAUUUCAAGAGCCACAAUGCCUGCAAUUGCUAGCUGGGAGUUCUUCCAGUUCUCAAUGCAUUUAUGACUAGAAGGGAAUAUCCUUCUACUUCCACUUUAUCCAGGUGCAUAACCUUGCAUUUCGCAGCCCCAUGAUAAGAGCUUGGUAUUCUGCUUCGUUAUUGGAUCCUUGAGGGAUGGGUUUUUUCAUCCUGCAAAUAGUUUCUCCUUUCCAAUUUCUGAUUAGGCUUCCAGCUUCUGAAACUCCUGGAUUCCCUCUGGAAGCACCAUUGUAAUUCAACUUGAACCAACCCUCCUGUGGUGUUUUCCAAACUGCUUCCUUUAAUCUCUGAGACUUCGUUCCUCCCGGACCCACCACUUGAGUAGCCUUCAAACCAAACCAUACUUUUCUCCUGUCAGCAUCCCAAUCUGUAAAGAAACAUCUCAGAUUCAUGUCCCUCUGACUGCUGUUUGCCAACUCCACUAUCAAGGCUUCUAUUUUAUUCAAAAGGGACAGCAACUCCAUUUCCUUUUCUUGAAAAAUUCUUCUAUUUCUUUCUCUCCAUAGUUCCCAUAAUAAAAUAGAAUGGCUUAUUAUCCAUAAGCUUGAAUAUAAUGCCUUCCUUUUUAAAAAUGGCCAAGAUUUGAACAAAUCUACCAUAUCAUUCGGAAGAGCUCCUACCCAACCAAAGCCUUGCACAAAGCCAAUGCCAGCACCUAUUUAAGAAUAAUUUUUACCAUGUAUUGCCUGCACUAGAAAAAUAUGCAGCCAUUGGUAGUUUUCACUUUGAGAAAUACAGCCAUUUUAAGUUGACACUAAUAGAAAAAUCGAAAGGGCACAGCCAUUACUAGUUUUUACUUCUAGAAUUGCCCCCAUAGUGCUGUGUGCUUUUAACUAAAAGCUUCCAUGCGGAGAAGCUUUGCCUAACCUCAUUCACUUCAACGCAUAUGAGCUAACAGUGCUGCCUUCAUGCUAUAGUGGCAAUAAAUUUCUUUUGAAAGAAACAUGACAAUUUGGAGGCUAAGUUUAUCUGACAGAAGGCAAAAUUGCAGAGGGACUUGUAUUUGUGUGAAGAAAGGAAGUCAGAAAAAAAGGAAAUGAUGAUGUCCAAAAGUUAACUAAAGUAUUUGAUGCAGGCACUCCCCUGUUCUCUGUUAUGUAAGCUAUUAACUCAAUAUUGAUAAAGAAACAAAUGCAGCAGAUUAAAAAAUAUAGCAAAAAAACAUGGAAAACAGAUAGUAUGCCUCAAAGUUCAAACCAAUGGAAAACACAGAAGAUGUCAGUAAAAUGGAUGGAGUUUUCUUGACCCUGACUAAUGGAAGCAAUCCUAAUAUCUUUGCAGAAUCUUGUAAUCUCCUCUUAUGCUUAGAGUACAUGGGCAUGGACCAUUCUCUCCACAAAAUGUAUCCCCUAAUAUGCCAUCAUACUUUAUCAUGACAGUCAUUUCCUAUUCUUUUUACGCUUUCUGUCAUACUUAUGAAAUGUUGGAAAAGCAUGAAAUUUGUGGCUACCACCAUUUUUAAUAUAACUGCUUUUCGCCUCGGAUAAGUGUGCAGGGAAUUAAGAGUUGAAAAAGCAUUUUCACUUUUUCAAACUUUGAAAUGUCAAAAUGCAAGCCAUUUUUUUUUAAAAUUUUGUGUUCAAUCCAGAGUAAUAGCAGCAAAAUAUUAUAAUCGCAGAAUCCCCUGUUCAUUUAGUUGGUGUAGUGAUAAGAUGUGAUUGAGACUCCCCAACGACAUCAUUGUCACUUGCAAUGAAAAUGAAGGGCUUAAGAGCUUAAUAUAAGAAAAAUAAGAUAUUAAUGCUGUUGCAAAGGUACAUAAGGACUAGUUUUAUACAAUAUCUCUGUUUUGAAUGCCUUUUUCAGUAUCCUUUACAGCUAUGCUUUCAGCUCUGCAUAUCUUCAUGGUGAACUUUUUUGAAAUGUUUUCUUGUGUCAAUGGGAGUGGACUAAAAGGAGGCUUUAAUGUGGUUGCUAGUAUACAUGUAUACAAAGUUCAUCUGUUGCAAUCCAGAAAUGCAGAGGCUCAAUCCCUUGAGCUAUUUACACUUAACAAUUGGCUACCGUGCAGUUAGAGGCUAUGCUUCUCUUCUUGCCAUGAAAAUUACCAAACCCAUCUGCAAUUUCAGCUAUCUAAUACAGACGAUGCAGUGCUUCAAUAUGUUUUGAGCUAGGUGGAGGCUGUCAGUCAGCUCAAAUACAGAGCUGUGGUGUUCAAUGACUGGAAAUCAAAAUGAGCAUUGAUAAUCUGAGGUGUAGCAUGUGGAAAAGCAACUGUGGUUUCAGAAAAAGAGCAUUUUCCUUCUAGAACAAGCCUGCACCUUGCCAUUAUGUUUCCCCAAGUGUUCAUGAUGGGCUUGAAUAAAUUCUCUGCCAAUCCAUUUAGAAAUGUGGCUUCCCAUAAAAUAUUUCUUCCUACUGACCACUAAUCUAUGUCAACUGUUUGUAAAAUCACUGUGUGUUUAAUGAAACUUGUUCUAAUAAUGAAUAUGCCAGUGGCUGGAAAUUGAAGCAGAGCGGGGAAGGAAAGCAGGGAUUUUGGAGUCGGUUUUGUAUGAUAUUACAAUCCAGAAGGAAGUUGGUUCAUGCAAGGUUUGCAAAGGAGGAGUUAGGGUGGAUUUAAAGGUUUGGUGGAGAGAUAGACACAGAAAGAGCUCCAGGCGUUUUGCUGCAAAGGGCGGAGUCGUGUUUGCAAGUGAUGAGUCUGUGUAGAGUGCUCUGUGGAGGUUGAACAAAUCUUGUCUAUAGAAUUGCUUGAAAUGGAAUGUGAGGGGAUGCGUUUGGAUUAACUUAUCUGCUAAAUGGAUAUGAAACUGGUUACUGAGAAACAUGGUAUGUUGAAGUAGCAAUGGAGAUUGACCAAAUCUUGAUUUGCACUAGGGGUGACAGUGGAGGUUGACCAAAUCUUGAUUUGCACAAGGGGUGGCAGCGGAGUUGGUUCCAUAGGUCUGGAAUCAAUAGUCAUAAAUGUAGGUAAAUAAGACUAAUGAAAAACAUGAAUGGUUUGUUUUUGACUCACCAUAUCAUAUAGGCCCUAGUGGUGAAAUGUUAGAAGCCAGUAAGGACUAAGAAAAAUAAAUAGUAAAUGAGUUUUCAGAGGAAAUCGAGAGCAACUUAAACCGUACCUUUGCCUUGCUUAAAGCUAGAAGCAUGAUUAAACCAGGUUGCCUGGUGAUUGUUGUUUCAGAUAUGCUGCACCCAAUAAGGUCAUGAAUGUUUCAUAGUAAUUGUUCCUUUAUAGGUGUGGAAUCAAUAGUCAUAAAUGUAGGUAAAUAAGAUUAAUGAAAACAUGAAUGGUUUGUUUUUGACUCACCAUAUCUAUAGGCCCUAGUGGUGAAGUGUUAGAAGCCAGUAAGGACUAACAAAAAUAAAUAGUAAAUGAGUUUUCAGAGGAAAUCGAGAGCAAUUUAACUGUACCUUUGCCUUGCUUAAAGCUAGGGCAUGAUUAAACCAGGCUGCGUGGUGAUUGUUGUUUCAGAUAUGCUGCAACCAAUAAGGUCAUGAAUGUUUCGUAGUAAGGUUCCUUUGUUCUCUAUUCAGUUGUUUUUUCUUCUCGCGACCUUUGCUACUAGUUUAGGAGGGAGUGUUUUGUUGGUAAGGAAAAUUUAGCUUAGUGGCUUCAAGAUACUUUAUAAAGGUCAUUCUGAAAAGAAGUCAACGGUAAAGAAGACUUGCUUUGGUAGUUUAAAUUGUACGAGCUACAAUUAAAAUAACAUGUGCUACGUUUAUUCAUUGUCUAUUCAGAUGAACAAUACAUGCAUGUGCGACAUUUGUUCGUUAUCUAUUGAGACGGACCAUGUAUGUAUGUAUUAGUAGAGCUUUUGUUUUCUUCUGGAAUAUUUGACAUUUAGCUUAGUGGCUUCAAGAUAGUUUAUAAAAGUCAUUCUGAAAAGAGUCAACUGUAAAGUAGACUUGUUUUGGUAUGUUUAAAUUGUACGAGCUACAAUUAACCUAACAUGUGUUAUUUUUAUUCAUUAUCUAUUCAGACGAACAAAACAUAUAUAUGCUACAUUUAUUCCCAAGUUACCAGUUUGGGUUUGGUUACGUAAACCCAGUUCGUGGGUUCAGGUAAAAAUUAUUUUGCCCUUUGGAUUCGUGGGUCAGGUUCGUCUGUACACACACACAUAUCUAUGUAUGUAUGUAUGAAUGUAUUUAUAUACAUACAUACAUACAUAUACAUACAUUAGGGUUUUUGGAUGAAAAAAGGUCAAAAAUGUAUGUUUUUGUUAUGUUUUGGUGCUCAGUGCCUUUGGAUACGCCUGGGUUGGUGCGUGGUGAACACAAACACCUGGGUACGUACCCAGGGCGUACCCAGGUAAACCCCCAGUUGAACCCGAACCCAGAGGAACCUGGUUCGGGUGGGUGGACCAAAAUUGGCGAACCCGAUAACAUAGAUAACCCAGUAACAUAGAUUUAUUGAUUAUCUAUUCAGACGAACUAUACAUAUAUGUAUUAGUAGAGCUUUUCUAUCUGUGAGAAACUUUCAGCCAGCUGUCAAGAACUGGCAGAGCUUGGAGGUGGGUCCCUUUUGCUCAGUAACUUAGUUGAAUUUUGAGAAAUUAGAAGUCCCUGAUGAAGAAAAUAUAUUCAGUAAUAUCCAGGAAAACUCUGAUGUUUUAGAGCUUCUCAUUGAUAUAAGUAAGAAAAAUUCUGCAAAAUGAGCUUAAAAUCAUGCCAAUAGAUAGCUAUUGUUAAAACGAUAGUUUCCCUAAUACCAAGUGCCUCAAACAUGCUUCCAAUGCAUAAAAAAUUCUGACAAUUUAAGAGCAUUCUAAUGGUUCUGUUCAACAUGCUUCCAAUCAAUUCAAAAUUGGUUGCGCCACAAUUUUUAAGAAACAUAAUUUUCUUGGUUGGAAGGAUUUUGCAAAGAAAUAUUUGUGAACUUUAAUAAAAAAAGGAUAAAUUAUCUAAUGUCAAAGUCAAACAUGGGUGUUCCCUUGCUUCAAACCCAUUGGUGUAUUUGUAGACUAAGUCACAAGGUUCGAAUUCGACAGCCAUGAAAUUCAGAUGAAAUUCGACAAGGGAAAAAUUCGAAAAAAAAAUCUGAUAAAAUUCGCCUUAUAUAAUUUUGUUUAUUUUUAAAUUUAUGUAUACUUCUAAUAAAUUAUCAGAAUAGCAACCCUUGUUGGAGAAAAUCUGAGGGCGACCCAACAGUUGCAGACACCCAUGACCCAAUAGAUACAAAGCAUAUACAAAGAAUACCCACGACCAGCUGAGUUGUGUUUAGAGGCGGAUAGCAGUGUUUUAUAGAGGAAAUUCGAUUAAAUUCGAACCUCAUCCAUGAAAAUCGCCGUAUCCUGUGACUUAGUUUGUAGAUGAUUUCAAGAUUGGAUAAAAAGGAAGUGAAAGUUAAAGUCUAAGUAACAAGAUAUGCUUUGUACAUGACUGGGUUACUCGGUAAGGCAUAUCUUCUCUCACUGAGAAAAUCAUAGAUUAGAGUCACAAUUGUGUUUAACAUCCACCCAAAGAAACAUUGAAUAUGGAGACUUUUUUUUAGAGGAUAUGCAAUAGGUUUACAAAUCUCAAAUUUCAAUACAAGUUUAUAAAGAACAUGCAGUCUUUUGAGAUUUACUGAAUAAGUAGACAAUAGUUUACCAGGCUGGGUGAGCCAGUUGAGACAUGACAUCAGAUUCUAGGCCUAAUCAGCUGAGACUUGUUUAUCUACCCAGGCACAAAAGUUAAUCCCCUUUAAUUGAUCUAAAAGUAUUGAGUAGACAGGAAUAUUAAAUAUGGAUGGAACUUGGAGGUAUUGGAAAAUCUGUCUAACUAAUACUUAAAAUUCUGAGUACAUUAUUUUUAAUUGUGAUCUCUACUUAUUAGCAGAAUCAGUAUUUAUUAUUUAAUUUUGAAGCUUUUUUUACAACCCUUAAAAGCUCUCCUUCCAAGAUCCAUCAUGAUUGGAGCCUGAGCUCUUGCUUGUUGUCAAGGAUUGUGCCUGAGCAUGAUGCCUUCCAGCAACCAGCUCCCAAGCUUGCCACUGAUUGAGAUGCCCUGGCUGAGACUCUGUAGCACGUGUUGCCAUUCUACCCUCCAUGAUUUCAAGGAUUGCGGACAUACAAGGCCUUGCACCAGGAUUCUCAUAGGUGCGCAAUAGACCAGCAUAAAUCAUUCACACCACUUCUUCUUCAUUGUAUCCUGAUGGUGAUAGGUUUGUAUUUACCAAUUCGAGAGUCUUCUUAUCCUCGUAUAAAUGCCAAGCCGGUAUUACCAACUCAGAUAUUUUGUUAUUCAUUCAAGAAGAUAACUCCUUUCUUCUUCCAAGCUCAUUUCUGUGUGGGUUGUGUUGAAAUUAAAUAGCUAGUUCGAAUUAUUUGAUGGCAAAUAUAUAUAUUGUAAUAACUUAAGUGAUUACAAUACUUGUAACUUGUAAUAAAAAGGGCAGGUCCUAUUUGGGCAAUUGAUUUAACUUGUAAAUUGUAUAUGGGUCCUGACCCAUAUGUAACUUGUAAAUUCAAAAUUAUAUCUUGGCGCCAGAAUAUGCAAGGCCGACCAAGGUUUAUUGUUGACAUGAAUUCAUAUAUAAGUAAGAUGAUUUGAGGAUCACAUAUGAUCAAUCACAAGUGAAUAUAUAUCUCUCUACCUUAUGUGAUCUGCUUCCAGCUGCAAUCAUCAUCAUCAGCAAAAGGAUAUUCAUCAAGGGUGAGCGAACUUCAGCGAAUUGGUUUCUUGUUGAAGCGAAUCUGAUCUAGGAGUGCAAAUCUGUCCUAGGGCAUCCAAACCUCAUAAACUCCACUGAAUUUCUGUUCUUGUGGCUGGGCGAAUUAGUAUGGAAUCUGAGCUGUGAAUCUACCUUAUAUCUGGGCGAACUAUUGAUCAUUCUGAGCUGCAUUCCAGACCUGAAUCUGAUCAGCAUUGUGGAGCAGACUUGUGCCAAUUAUGGGCGACUAUGCUGGGCGAUAUUGAGUUGUCUAACUCACUAAUUUAAGAGCAGCAAUCAUCCUCUUCUGUGGUGCCGAAACCCUACUUGUGGGAUCAGCGAAUUAGGGCCUGCACAUCAGUGAUUUAGAUUGGGCAAAGCUCUGCCCUAGGUUGAUGAUUUAAUCAGAUAAGUGAUCUGAUCUUCAUUGUACUUGUAAUUUGCUCAUGAUUAAAGGAUUUUGAUCUUGACUU